CUGCGGAUGCCUGGUGAUAUAAACCGAGUGAACCCUGAAUUUGCCGCGAAACUUUUCAGUGUUUCAGUUCAGUCUGCUGUUUCAUGAACCAUUUGACUGCUGUGCUUCAUCCCACCGUCUCACAGGCCUAAAAUCAGAGCCGGCUGACUGAGCAAGGGCCGAGAAACUGAUGAGGACUUACGAAUGGAAAUGGAUGAUAAUGGCCUACAGACCUCUUGCUGUGAUACAAGAUGGUCACAGCAACUGUCAGGCCUUCCUCACAAGCUCCUGCAGCGCCUGAUGCCUUUCCAAAGGGAGGGAGUGGAGUUUGCUCUAUCCAAGAAUGGACGAUGUAUGAUCGCCGAUGAGAUGGGUCUUGGGAAGACGGUGCAGGCCAUCGCGGUGGCGUACGCCUUCAGGCAGGAGUGGCCCCUUCUGGUGGUGGUGCCCUCGUCGCUGAAGUAUCCCUGGAUCGAGGAGCUGGAGAGGUGGAUCCCUGAGCUGCAGCCUGGAGACAUCAACCUGGUGGAGAACAAGAGUCACACCAUGGGCAUCAGCACCAGUAAGGUGACAGUGCUGGGUUAUGGCCUGCUCACCACAGAUGCACGCCUCCUGGUGGAGACCCUGAGCAGGCAGCGGUUCGCAGUGGUGGUAGUGGAUGAGUCACAUUACCUCAAAUCCAGAAACGCAGCACGGACUAAGAUUCUGGUGCCCUUCAUUCAGAGCGCUAAGCGGGCCAUCCUGCUCACUGGUACCCCAGCUCUUGGUCGGCCUGAAGAGCUUUUCAUGCAGAUUGAUGCUCUCUACCCCAAGAGGUUUGGAACCUGGAGUGACUAUGCCAAGAAAUACUGCAAUGCCCAUUACAGGUACUUUGGGGCUCACAGGCAGUGGGACUGUCGGGGGGCGUCCAACUUGGAGGAGCUACACCAGCGGCUGAGUGAGAUCAUGAUCCGCCGUCUCAAGGCUGAAGUGCUCAGUCAGCUGCCCCCCAAAAUCCGUCAGCGUAUCCCCUUCGACCUACCAAAGGAGGCCGCAAAGGAGGCCUCGGCCAGCUUCGCAGAGUGGGAGAGACUGAUGAAGGGACUGGGGUCGGGGGUUGCUGCCAUGGACAACCCCUUCACUCAAGUCAUGAGCCUGGUCACACAGAUGUACAAGCAAACAGCCAUUGCCAAGGCGGGAGCUGUGAAGGACUACAUUAAGAUGAUGCUGGAGGCAGAGCAGCUGAAGUUCCUGGUGUUCGCCCACCACCUCACCAUGCUGCAGGCCUGCACCGAGGCUGCCAUCGAGGCCAAGGCUGGUUACAUCCGUAUUGACGGCAGCGUCCCGUCCUCAGAGCGAAUCCAGCUUGUCCACAAGUUCCAGAGUGACCCAGAUACACGGGUGGCCAUCCUUAGCAUCCAGGCAGCCGGUCAGGGUUUGACCUUCACGGCUGCCAGCCACGUGGUGUUUGCCGAGCUCUACUGGAACCCCGGCCAGAUCAAGCAGGCAGAAGAUCGAGCCCACCGCAUCGGGCAGACGUCCUCGGUCAACGUGCACUACCUGAUCGCCAAGGGCACCUUUGACACCGUCCUGUGGUCCAUGCUCAACAGGAAGGAAACGGUAACCGGCAGCACGCUGAAUGGCAGGAAGGAAUAUCUGAAGGCCGACGAGGGCGACAAGGACAAGUGGGAGUUCCUCAGUUUUGCCGACGCCUGGAUGCCGAGCGAGAUGGUGCUGCCACUAGAGGGAAACACAGAGAACGUGAAAGAUGACAUGUUCUUCUCACAUUUUGAGAAAGAUAAGCAGCACGACAUCCGUUCCUUCUUCUCCCCGAGCGCCAGCAAGGAGAAGAAGAGGAAGAGAACAGAGGAUGAAGAAACAUCUCCCUCCAUGUCCUCAGAGACGGCUGCGGCACCAUCUGGCAGUGGAGCAAGCUCUGAGAAAGGAGAGGAGAAGAAAGAGAAGUGCCGCUCCCAAACCGCCGUUGCACACAACCAGGACUUCUCCCCUCAGCUGAAGAGGCUCCGGACGCCACAGCCCAGCCCGAGCCCAAGGUCCAGGCAUGAUGGGAAGCGGAGGUCGAUGGCGGGGGGAGUGGGCUCCGGCAGCCCUGGCGCCCUGGUCUCCUUCAUGGCCCCGCGGAAGCUAUCAGAGCCCGACCCUCCCAAUGAAAAGUGGAGCUGUGGGGCCUGCACCUACUCCAACAGCAGCCUGUUGCCUUACUGUGAGAUGUGCGAGUUCCCACGCUCUUCUUCUAGUGUCCAGUCAGAGCCACCCAGGCCUCAGCAACCCCCCUCGACUGAGUGGGACCAGGCAUGCGUCGUCCUCUCCAGCUCCGACAGCGAGCCGGAGCUCAGCCGGGGAAAAGACCAGACUCCAAAAUCACGCAAAGACAAACAGAGCAAGGAGGAGGAUGAGCCUCCGAAAGACAAACAGAAACUAGGAGAAGCAGAGGAGGAGGACAAGCGGCAGCUCAAAGGCAAACAAUCAGCGGGAGAGCGAGGCGACAACGUCGCUGGCGGUGGCGGCUGCCUCCCCCCCGACCACACACAGGACCGGCGAUCCGCGGCGUGUCUCUCUUCCGAUGCUAAUGACGAUGAUGAGGGCAAUGAUGGAGAUGACGCCAGCGCCACCCAUCCCGUCUACCCGGGCCUGCAGUUCUGCGCCAGCCAGUACACAGACCGAAUAUAUCUUUACUCCAAGGACGGGACUCCGUUGAACUUGAGCUUCGUCCCUCUGGACAUCAAACUAACCAACUGGGACGACCUGCCUGAGGCCUUCAGCCGGCGCCGGGAAAAUCGAAUGCAGGUACUGAGGUUCGUUCAGGAAUGGAGCAGCCUGGCAGCCAUGAAGCAGAAACUGCUCCGACGCAGCGGCCUCCUCUUCCACAGCCCCACUUUAGGCCUGCAGCAGCUGGCCGCCACCCAGCGCCCUCACUCCAGCACAAAGAGGUACCUCAGCAAAGACGAGGUGGCCCAGGCCUCCCUGAGCAAGGCCCAGCAGGAGGGAGGCAGCGUCCGACUGGUCACCAAGGAAAACUUCUUCACAAAGAGAAGGUCUGCCGCUUCACUAACGCCACUUGCUUCAGAGAGCACAGGCAAGGAGUCCUGUAAGACAGUGGAGGAGAAGCCAUCAUCAGAGUCUGGCUACCUACAGGCAGUGGACAGUGAGGGUGUCCCUCUGUGUCUGUCCUGCCAGCAGGCCUGCUCUACCUCCGGUGGGGCCUGGGACACUCGAUUCUGCAGCCACAAGUGCCAGGAGGAGUUCCAGUUGCGCUCCAGCCAGACGUACAUGCGCACACGGGUGCUGGAGGCAGAGCAGGGCAUCUGCCAGCACUGCGGCCUCUAUGCCCACGACCUGUUCCUGAAGGUCCGUGAUGCCCCGCCCUCCCAGCGCAAGGAUAUGUUGGAGAACACUUGGCUGGCACAGCUGUCACUCAAACAGCUGAAUGAGAUGAUCCGCGCUCCGGUCGAAGGGGAUUUCUGGCAGGUCGACCACAUCCGGCCGGUCUACAGCGGAGGAGGACAGUGCUCCCUGGACAACCUGCAGACGCUCUGCACCGUCUGCCACAAAGCCAGAACGGCUCAGCAAGCCAAAGAACGGAGCCAGAUGAGGAAGAGCGUUGCAGCCUCCAAGGUUGCGUCAGACAUCAGCAGGUUCUUCGUCAGGAAAUGAAACGGAAGGUUUAGUAAGGGUAGCAUAGGUGUUAAAUUUCUCGAAUCAUAUUGUUGACACCAUGGUUGAAGAUGCAUCAUGAUUCUUCAAUAACAGCACUCACAUUUAAGCAUCAGAAAUGCUGUUCACUGACAGAUUAGGAUAAAAGGUCUGAUUAACUUUGAAUCCCUACUUUUCCCUACACUCGCUUUCCAAUGAUAUCAGCGGCGUCCUGUCGGACUCUGCUGCACCUGUGGAGAUUUACCUAAAAAACAGUCACGACUGCAUCAAAUGCUAAUUCAGCCAACUCCCUUCUCGUCCCCGAACCGUCACAAGUGCAGUGGUUUUGAUUUAUGACGGCCCCCUUUUGCUCGAGGCUGAAAUGGAGCAGGUUGUUUAGAGAGAGAUGCUGCUAUUUUAAGGUUUUGCAAACUUAGUGAAAAGUAGCAGGUGAGGGAUGAAUUGGGGGCUUUGUGAUUAGAACUUCACAGCAGAAAACACAACCAAGUGUCCUCAUUGGAGCCCUCAACAAGUGGCGCCUUGUAAAUUUUGCUUUUUGGAAGAUAGAUGAACGCUCACCAGUGAAAUACAAGCCUAUUUCCAUCUUGUUUCAUUUGCUCUUCUUGUGUUCCUCUGCUGCUUUAUCCACGGUUCGAACUGCAAAUACACCAAGAUGUUGGUUGUUCUGACAAGCUAGCAAAUCGUUUCAUCGCCUCAAGUCAGGAACAUUAUUGUCCAUGUCCACGCAUCUUCCUCCUCUUCAGCUGUGCUUGAUGAUCUGAACAGAGCUAAAGUCAGUCAGAAGGGCUAUGUUUAGAGAGACGGAGAGCAGAGUUACUAUGGAAACAAGGCUUCAGGUUCAGCAAUGUCGGGAAUAUUGAAUCUCUUCUUGUGAGAGUUAUACAAUGAGCCAGACAGACAUCAGAAACUCCAAUCAAUAUCAGCAGGCUCCUGUGAAAAUGAGGCCGUCACAUUCCUCCGCAGCAGAAUUUGACUUCCCCUCUCGGUGCUGAGGCUCGAAGGGUUGACGUCGCGGAUGUCGUCAUGUCACGAUUUGUCUGUCUGUCAGCCGUGUCAAACUCCAUACUCAGCAAAUUCCGCCGUUGCGAGAAAGUUUUAAAUUUUUCUGGCAGCCCCAACUUCUCUCAGCCUAUCAGAGCGCUCGGCUUCGAACUUUCUCAGAGCCCAUGUGGGUGCGCGCGUGGGUGUGUGUGUAUUUCCCCUACGGCUGCUCCAGGUCUCCACUUAAUAAGACCGUUGUUCCUCUCCUGUCCAAACCGACAAGCUUUGUGAGUAAUGAACAUCUCCCAGGCAGCCUUCCAACAACAGCAGGUUUCAGUGUCAGUCCCUGUCAGCAGCCAAUGACUCUGAUCUGCUGUUUUAUUACACCCAAAAGGUGCAUGUGCACGUGUGUGUGCGGGAAAGAGAAAGUGAGCGAGGAGGGAAAGUAAUGCAGAAGUGUAGUCGAGUGUUUUCCUGUGCGUUACACAAAUAAAGAGUGUGUGCUACACAAAUACAGCAUGUGCAAGUGUUUAUUGAAAGAGAGAGGAAGUGGUGUGUUUGUCAGACGGAGCCAUAAUGAGGCAGCGCCCAGAUGAAGAUGUCUCAUGUUCUUCCCAGAGGGUCUGCUCGGUAAAGAGCAGCGCUGCAGCCGUGUGACACUGUUUGCGUUGGACCACCUAUCAGCCCAGAGGAAAAACAUUACCUCCGCAGGUGAUGACAGUAAUAAAGAUGGACUCAAACACUGACGGACGGCCGGCGAGGUUUGCAUGUUUGCUCUCUGUCUGACACACACCCCCUCCUUCCCCUCUUGCUUUAAAGCUGGCAUCAGACCAAAAACCCAACUCACUUUUUCCUUCAAGUGCAAUCAACGCCUUUGCCUCGGCGCAGAGAUGUUUCAACAGGUUACAUAGCAACACGGCAUGCUCUGAACGUCACAUGGCCAAAAUUAGCUGGGCAAAUAUCUGGCGGAAAUAAUGACAUAUAGUUAGAAAAUCACAGUGUACUGACAAAGAAAAGACAAUAGGAAGAGAAAAGAUAAAUGGCGCCAUCUGAAGAACAUCAAGCAAAUGGAAUUCUAAAGAAGACACCACUGCAAACCUGCUGUAUCUAAAUGAAUGAGAAAUGGAUCCAAAAGAAAUGUAAUUUAAAGAAUAACUCCAGUGAUAUUCUUUAUUUUUCUUAUUGUCAAUAAAUCCCAUGAAAAGACCAAAACCAACAAUGAAUUAAUUGUGCUAACAAGCACUGUGUGUGUAUCUAAAUCCUGAUAUAUCCUAUUCCUCUGAGCUGCAGAGCUCCAUUGUUGUCCAAAAUUAACUAAUUAAAAACGCAGUAAAAAAGCAGUUUGGGCUUUAGUCUCCGUAAUGUAACCAAGUGCAAGACAAUAUGUGGGGAAUGUGCUGUUACAAGAGAUUAGAGUGGAGGCAGGUCGGCUGGGUACAAGUCCAAAAUUUCCUUCUCUCAAUUGUCCUUUUUACUCUUGAAAAUGUUUUCAUUGUUUGAAUCACAAUUUGUCAAAAUUACAAAGAGGUGAAAGAAUUAAAAAAAUGUUGCAAGUUGAUGCAUUUUUACUUUUGCUUUACAGAUUUUUGUGCACUUUUGAGGGACAGAUGUGUUACUUGGUUCUUCAGUGCUUACCUCCCUCUACAAUGCACAUAGACAAGCUAGCCACCGAAAAGUAGAGGUAACCUUUGGCUGUCACAUGAGAGUCUCUUAGAGUAUAUGAACCUGAGAGAGAAAUCAAAAAAUUAGACCAGGGGUGUCAAACUCAUUUUAGUUCAUGGGCCACAUACAUUCCAGUUUGAUCUCAGUGAAACCAUAUAGCAUAAUAACCUAUAAAUGAAGCAGGUUAAGUCAUCCCCUGCCUUACAAACCAUUUACAAUGUGAAGUUUUGUCAGUAUGUUAGCAACAGGGUUCCACCCAUACUGUAUUAAGGCAGAAGUCUGAUACAGAUUGUUUUGUACUGAAGCUGCUGCAUUUGCACAAUGUUCAAUAUCUUUAAAUUUGGCCACAAUAAGUAUUGAUUGUUAUUUCAGAGAACUGUAUUCUAACGCUAACCCUAACUCUGUCUAUUCACUGUUUAACUUGCUCCUGAACCCUGGUACCUUUUAGCCUUCACAGGUACAUCAGUAUUAGGUUUGCAAAGUCAUCUAGACGGCCGAUUGGACCCUUUGGUGGGCCACUUCUGGCCCCCGGGCCUUUUGUUUAACACCUCUAAAUUAGACCGUAAAUGAAAAUCUGUCGAAUAUACAGUUUUUGUCAUCUGAGAUCUAAAACAAACCUCUGACCCAUGAUAUCAUGCUGCUAGCCACAACGACCAGGCCUGCAGAAAGUGCACCAAGCAUUGAAGCCAAUUUUCAUAGUGGCCAAACAGUUAAAUUACAACAGUUACAUGAUGCUGUGUGAUCCAAAUUACUUUUCACAUAGACAUACAUAGCAAAAGAGACGUCUGUAAACCAGUGGAUCAUUUUUUUGAGCAUCACAGCCCCCAAUGAAAUGACAUUCAGUCACAUUUUGAGAGUCUAGAUGGCUGGUUCGGCCAGUGAAAGUCUCUAAUGCGUCUCAACUGGGUAAUUUUAUAGGUGACAGUUAAGUUUUUUGGCUCCAUGUGCCACUAAGUAACUUUCAUAGGAAUGAAUGGGGCCCCGCCUCCAAUACUGUAUCCGGUUCUCUUUUUACAUUCAUGACUAUGACCUACAAGCUAAUAGUCAGGAAGAUGAUUUUAAAGAAUAAGUAGGGAUAGCUAAUCACCCCUAAAUCACAUUUGAUAGGAUAAAUUAAUUUCUACACCCAGAAAGAGAAAAGAGAGUGAUUUUUAUAUGUAAAUACUCAAAAAUGCAGUCCCACAUACACAGCCUUGCUGCUGUGAGUCGUCACUAGUGCACCAAAUGUUUAUUCAUCCACAGCUGAAAGUAGUCCCACACAAACACACUAUUUCCUCCUGUCUGAGUAAUGCAAACUAAAAACUACCGUGCUCUGCUGUUUUUAUUCACUGAACGAAUCUAACCUUGUUUGAAAGUUUAACUAUACAUUUGCGAUAGGUUUGGGAAAGAACAGAGAUAAAUUGAACUAAAUCACUGUUGGUUUUGGUCUUAACACAAACAUGAAAAAGAAUAAAGGACGAU